AUGGGGUGCGUCUCGAGCAAGGACGGGACGACGCCCGCGCCCGGGGUCGCCCGCGCGUCGUCCGCGGCGCCGACGACGAUCGCGGGCGCGACGGUGGAGGCGAGGACGGCGACGGUGGCGCGAGAGGAGGGAUUCGCCGAGGUCCCGCUGCGCCCGGGGCACGAGCGAAAGCGCGGGAGCGGACGCGAGCGCGAGACGCGCGCGAGCGAGCGAGGGACGCCGAGCGCGUCGGACGCGGCGGUGAUACGAGACAUGACGGACGCGGUGUCGAGCGUGGGGAAAGGGGGGGCGACGAAGGCGGACGGGCGAGCGAACGGAAAGACGAUACCGAAGCCGAGACCGGUGGGACGGCGACACGAAGAGUCGGAGAAGUCGAAGUCGCAGAGAAAGAACGAGCGCAAACGGGAGCGGGCGAAGCAGAAACGCGCGGAGGAGCGGGCGAUGACGGAACACGUCGCGCCGCCCGCGGUGGAGCGAGUGAAGAGCUCAAAGUCGGCGGACAAGGACCUGUAUUAG